AUGAACCCACUGAAUACCCUGGUGCGAGGUGAUAUGGACGCGAAAAGACUGGAUGCCGUUGGCUCUUCGCUAUGGAACGCUUGCACUCAGAUGUUGGCUGUACGUGGCAAAACCGAUGAGGACAUACAAGCUCUCUCCAAAGCUCGCACUGCCGCAUUCGUUCUCUUGAAUUUGGCGGUGCCACCUACCAUGCUUGGUUGGCUCAGGUCCCUAGGUGUUUCUCUCAUUGCUGCGCAGACUUGCAUUGUAGCUAAACAACUUAAUGCUGCAUACAACAUCCUGGGUGUGUCGGGGGAGCGACUUCAAGCCGUCCAACCAUCUCACCUCGGGUUGGACCUUACUCUGAACUACAGCCUCACGACCAAAUACUGGCUACUCCGAAUUCGUUUGGCUGCUGAAUGUCAACAAUUCGACCUUGCAGAGCAUCUUUGGACCAAAGUCCCUAGCCCAUUUCUGAUGGGUGACUGCGGUUUCGUUCUUGAAACAACCUUCCUUGUUGGAGAGUCCGCUCUCGUGAUCAAUCCGCCAGUUGCGAUCAAAUGGCUACAUAAAUCAUUCGAAACACUGCACAACUUGUAUGUUGCCACUGGACAGGGUUUCGUGGGAUUUGAAGACUGGGAUUUGGCAAUCAGACAUUCUCUUGUCGUGGCAUGCUUGCCGAUGUUGACCCCAGACUCCGCGCAGAUUCUUUGCAUCGAGUUGGCCAAUUUGCAACAGUCGUAUCCGUCGCAGCCUGCCGUGAUGCUUCUUGGUCUCAUUGCGAGAACUACCCUACCAACUAUCGAGGAGCUGGUCCAAACUUUCAAGAUGGUUGUUGCUCAAACUCCUAUGACGAACGCAAACAUGGGGAUGAUCUUCCAGUUCAUCCACUUCAUGGGCAAAAGAAGCCAACACGCUGCGUUUGAGGCUCUUGCCGCUCUUCUCUUGGUUGAGCUCCCCAGGGAAUGGACGGAAAAGUGUUUCCUGGGGUAUCUUGUGCUGAUGACAAGAUGCAAUCCGAUGGACCCAAACCACAUCCGGACGACCAGCAUUAUGAUGCAAAGUCUGGAGCACCGUGGAUUCCCAUCAUUCGGCCCAAAGACCGCUCGGGCUGCUGUUGCCUGUCUCUGGAAACUAAUAGGUAUCGCGGUUUCCGCAGGAGACUACUCCGCUGCAAUAUCAUGGCUUCACAUAUGCGGCGAUCACAAGAAUUUACACGACUGUGACAAAGAAACCCAGUAUGCGAUCUCGAGGAAAUUGUUUGCGUGCUACGUGCAAGUUGGCAACGUGAAAUCCGCUCGUGAAUUUCUGAAUCGAGGAUUUCUGGUGAGCCGACUCGACUGCAAGAAAAUGUACUUCGAGUACAAGCUGGCCAUGCUGGAAGGACAAAACCUCUCAAAUUUCUUCUGUCUCGGGUUCCCAAGUCAACCAGUCUUGGAGAAGCAGACCGCGCUCCUUGCAUGUGCAAUGGAAGCUCAGCGACAGAAGAAGCAUGCAGAGGCAAUGAACUGCCUGGCACAGUUAACGAAAUGUACUGGAUUUAGUAACAUAUACAAUCCAGUAUUUUCUGUGGCUGAACAUCACAUGUUCUUGAUCUGUCUUGUCAUCAACGAGAUGGAGACAUAUCGUCCCAUGGAUUUCUACCGUCGUGCUGAGGAAGUCCUGGCAAAUGCCCUGGAAUUUGCGAAGUCGCUUGGCUCUCCCACCGAGGGAGCUCCUGUAAUCUCGAUCACCGAGUUGCAAUGGCUCUACCAAGCAAGUUAUCGGGUCGCUUUGAAGGCCAUCGAGCAUCGUCAGCUUGAUCUUGCCCUGCAGGCUCUCAAGCACUCUCAUGAGUUCACCAUUGUGUAUCGUCGCGCUGCAGGGAUCGAAGGCAGGAUGAAAGCACCUCGUCCCCACUUCUUUUUGAUCAACUUUCUUCGCAUUCUUAUCUACGUCGAUGCGGCUCGCAAAACUAACGAUGAGGCUGAAAAGGUUGCACACUACACGAACGUGCGCGCAUCGUUCAAGGCGCUUGCCGGGCUGUUUGGAUGGGAAGACGGAUUGGAAGAUUCCGACAGAGAGUUGAGCCUGAAUGAAACAGAUCAAUACGGACUCGGGAAGUUCUUCAACUUCGAGGCUACCUACCAACUUGGUCUCUGGUCUGAAAUAAAGGAACUCUGCGAAGACAACCACCGAUUCCCCACGUCCCAGUUCUACUCUCAAAUGACUGAAUGGAUCUUCCACGAAAAGACUCCAUGCCAGGUCCAGAUCAAGUUCCUGAAGCGAGUCAUCUACGAGAUAAUAAACCUCAUUGACCAGAAAUCGGCCGGUUACUUCCAUUGGAGCAUGGAGCUGCCUCGCUACCUCUACUGCCUAUUCUUGACGUGCACAAGCUUCAAACCCGCGAAUCUCCAGCUUGGCGUGGAAGAAGAAAUGAUUGAUUUCCGUCUCGCCGACAGAGUGCUCUGUCACAUUUACACCAUAGCCAAACGUGAGGCGAGCAAGCCGGAUGACGUGAACAAUGGACCCAACGUGCAGACUUUCCGAUACGAAACGGGAGUCUACAUAGUAGGUGGAAAGAACCCUUUCCCGGCGAUGGAGUUGGAGCACGUUGCUCGCACCACCUUCAAUGCAGCCAUGCGGUUCAACGCUGGCCCUCAUGGUGAGACUAGCAUGCUAUGGGCUCGCAGGGCUCGCGAUCUUGCUCAUCUUGUUCCAGGUGGCGAGGAGCUUGUCAAGGAGCUACAGGGACAUUUGCAGAUCUUGGCCCAUCGAUCCGAAGCCGCACAGGUGGAAAGUUCGUCGGCUGCUGACAAGCAAGGAGCUGAUACGUCCUAA